AUGGCGCUUCACUACUAUGUAAUCGCCUUGGAGUCUAUGAUGGCAAACGUGAGGCAUCUGAGUACUGGCAUACUCAAGCUUCGUGAGAAAGUCAUUCGCAAAGAGAAUCCUUCUACAAAUUCUCAGUGGGUGACUUCAAAGCGAAAACUGGGAUACCAGAAGAAGGAGAGCAGAGGGUCGGGAGAUUCGGACCAGGACUUCGGGAUGAAACUGAAAUCGUCUUGUUCGGCUCUUCUUCACCGCACGACUUUUGCAUGGCAACUCAAUCUUCAUGAAGAGAACACCAGCGGUGAACACGAACACAUUCUCACCACCGAAGGUGGUGCAUAG